AUUUAUUUGCCCUUUUCAGUUAAUUUUCAGUGGCGAAUAUACGAAGGCCAUGGAUAAGGAUUGGCAUUCGGGCCAUUUUUGCUGUUGGCAAUGCGAUGAAAGUCUAACUGGACAGCGUUACGUCAUUCGUGACGAUCAUCCGUAUUGCAUUAAAUGUUACGAAAAUGUAUUCGCCAAUACGUGCGAGGAAUGCAACAAGAUCAUCGGAAUCGAUUCGAAGGAUCUUUCCUACAAAGACAAGCAUUGGCACGAAGCCUGCUUCCUAUGUUUCAAGUGCCAUUUGUCGUUGGUGGAUAAGCAAUUCGGCGCCAAAGCCGAUAAAAUCUAUUGCGGCACUUGUUAUGAUGCACAAUUUGCAUCACGCUGUGAUGGCUGUGGUGAGGUGUUCCGAGCAGGCACCAAAAAAAUGGAAUACAAGACACGUCAAUGGCAUGAGAACUGCUUCUGUUGCUGUGUCUGCAAAAUGGCCAUUGGCACUAAGUCGUUCAUCC